AUGAGGGCCCCCCGAGCACGCUCGAGACAGACAUCUAACACCAUCCUGCCUGACGACUCAUUAACGACGGAAUCGCAUAGCUCCUGCCUAAGUCCCUACCAUCAUGACUUUGCUGCACGCAUUCAGAGCAAUAAUCCUGGACACUCGCAAUGCAACACCCAGCAGUCAGGCUUGGUACCCUGCUUCUACUCACCCAACGGGCCUAGAGCAACUUACUCUCACAUCCCCAGGAGUAUUAAUUCUACGGGGAUUCAGAGUUCGGCUCAUGGAAGCACUGGAUGUGAGGGCGCAGGAUGCAGGUCUGAGCUGGGACCCGAAGUUGGCGAAGCAGCACAAGCCAAUCUCUCACAUCAUGCUGGGUCUUCACACCAUGCUCAGCCAGACCUAAGGUGAUACAAGGCUGCAAGAUCAUCAGGUUCGGCUGAAAUGAAGGAAGACUGUAAUCUUGAAUAUACACCAUGCAGAGCACAAGCCACUCGAUAUGGAGAGCUCCAGCGGUUUUCACAAAGAUGUAAU